AUGAGGACCAACGUGCUCCAGACGUCCAUGUAUUGCAGUUCCAUGAUCGCCUUGAAUCUGACCAUGCAGCGGCUUCACAUGGACAGCACGACGCGUCUGUCGAGGGCUGUCAUUUACCACCUGAAUAAUACUGUCGUCCAGUUGCGAGACGCGUUGCGAGAUCCGGCGACCUGCACGAGUGACAUUGUCCUCGCUACCAUCUUCCCAAUGGCUUCUGUCUACCGCAUGUUGAAUGAUCAUGCUGCUUUCGAGGCACACGUCCAAGGCGUCCGUCGCAUCGUCGAACUCCGUGGAGGGCUCGAUUCCUUGGGGUGGAGUGGCUUUUUGAAGAUAUCGGCUGUCGGGAUGUUUGAGUCUGCCGCCGUGUUGCACCGCCAACAGACCCAACGCAGCCAGGACGAAGCACAGGGGCUCAAGCUCACCAGUGACUCGGUUGCAGAAUAUCCUUCCCAACCGCUCCCUCGAGCCUUACAGGUCAAAAUAUCCAAACUCCCGCCCGGCCUGGCCUGUCUGGCUCUGCAACGCCGGCUCAGCCUGCAGUGCGUCAACUUCCUCCAGCUCUUUUGCGAGUGGCUCGCAGACAACAGCGUCACCCCUGGACCGCACGACUCCAUGACGGAGCUCGGCCACGACAUCCUCGCCGUGGACGGUCUGAGCGCCACGGAACGGGUGCUCGCGGUGGCGAUCCAAGCCUACGUGAACUGGCUGGAGAGGACCGUGCGCCGCUGGUGCAACUACGCGUCCGAACACAGCGUGGAGACGCAAAUUGCCAUACUGGCCCGGGAAGUCGGGCUGGACGAUACGUGCGACGGGGACGCCCUUGCCUGGGCGUGUCUGCUCGUCAGAGACACGACCUCGCGGGGUUCCGCGCCCUGGGGAUGGGCCACCAAGUAUCUGGCGAAGAUGGCCCUGGGUGCUGAGAGGGAGGCGUAUCUCGACCGUCGUUUCUUCAGUCGUCCGGCCACGGCUGCGUCGGGUGUCACUUCAAGCCACGUUACACAUAUGUCGGAGGAGGCUGAGCAAGGUUGCUCUGGAGACGCGAUAUAG